AUGUACAAGAACGGUGAGCCAAUUGCAUUCCAAAGACGCAAUUACAUCCGUGCUGAAACUUUUAUAAACAUCACAUUAUCUUUACUCGAGACGGGAGGCCCUCCGAUCACUCUAGAGCAACGUCUUGCUCUUACGGACUCGAAAAUAUCCUUGGUCUUUCCUCAACACAAAAUCGAAUUUGUCACCUCGAGAUGCGAAGUAAGCACUGGAAACCAACUGCGCCAUUUUAUCGACGGCAAAAUACUUCGCCUUGAUCUUCUUUCUGGCCUUGGGACCCAGUGGCGCAUCUUUGAUGUAAACGGAAUGGUCAUCGACUUAUCAAAAUGGAAUGCAAGUAAUUCUGCCGCGGCCACCUACACUAUCAAAAUCCUGCCACCUGAGGAUCGCCUUUAUGGAAUUCCUACGGCGCCUUUAAAGCCAGAGGAAAUGCUUCAUAUUCCCGACACUCAUACAUGCAUCACUGCCAUCGUCCAAAAGACUGAAGGUACGAAGAAAAAAAAGAGGACUAUCCAGUCGAGAUCGAAAUUUAUAGUCCCAUCGGAAGCCACAGUCACAGAGCUUUGGUUACGACUGGGUGAGUAUCUAGGCUGCAACAUAACAAGGCUUUUUGUCCAACAACCGGGUAUUGAAGACAGGUGCAGUGAAACACCUCCGUCUAGAAUUUUCCGGUACGAUAGCAAGAGAAUUUUCGAAUUGUCUUCGAACAGCGUUCUACAUCUUUUAGUAGAUAUAGGCUUCGGUAUACAGGGCAUGUAA